CCGUUUGGCUAUUGCAUGUUUCAUCAUCGACAUCUAUUCACCGUGGGCACAACUAACUGUAAGAAGAGGAUUAGUGCAGAGAAACCUGUACCUUUGGAUACUUUUGGCAUCUGUGCCGGGAUGACGGUCCUCCAGGCUAUUCUCUCCCAGGUACUCAGCUGGUCGGGCCUCUGCAAUGCCCUGUAUGUGGUUAGUGGUGGAAUUAUUACUGUGGUUGCAGUUUGGACCGUGAAGCUGCUGGUGCGCCAUGCCUGGUACACUCACAGGUUGUCCUGCUUCAGCAAGCCACCAGCACACUCGUGGCUGGUUGGCCACCUGGGAAAGAUGCAGAGCACAGAAGAGGGUCUCCAGCAGGUGGAUGACUUGGUGCAGACGUACAAACACUCCUGCAGCUGGUUUAUGGGGCCUUUCUAUCACCUGGUCAGACUCUUCCACCCUGACUACGUCAAACCUCUGCUUAUGGCCUCUGCAAACAUCACCAUGAAAGAUGAGCUUAUCUACGGCCACCUGCGCCCAUGGCUUGGACAAAGUCUGUUAAUAAGCAACGGCGAAGAGUGGUCCCGCAAGAGACGGCUGCUCACUCCGGCUUUUCAUUUUGACAUCCUGAAGAACUACAUCACCAUGUUCAACUCCUCAACUAAUACCAUGCAUGAUAAAUGGCGCCGCCUGGUGGCAGAAGGCAGGAAUAACUUGGAGAUGUUUGACCAUGUUACGCUGAUGACACUAGACAGUUUACUGAAAUGUGCCUUCAGCUACAACAGCAACUGUCAAGAGUCUACCAGUGAGUACGUGUCAGCCAUAGUGGAGCUCAGUGACCUGUUAAUAGAUCGCCGGCAAAAUAUUUUACACCACUGGGAGUGGAUUUACUGGAAAUCCCAGCAGGGAAAACGGUUCAGACAGGCCCUAAACGUUGUACACGGGUUCACCAGAGAUGUGGUUCAGAAGCGUCGUGCCCUCAUCAACCAACAGACGGAGAAAGAAACGCCGUCUAAUGUCACCACACCACCACAGAGGAAGAAAGAUUUCGUGGACAUCAUCCUCUUGACAAAGGAUGAAGAUGGGCAAGGCCUUACGGACGAAGAGAUAUACGCUGAAGCCAACACCUUCAUGUUCGCAGGUCAUGACACGACUGCGAGCGCCAUUUGCUGGACGCUGUAUAAUUUAGCACGUCACGAGCACUAUCAGGAAAAGUGCAGACAGGAAGUGAUGGACCUGAUGCAGGGGCGAGAUGAACAGGAAAUAGAAUGGGAGGAUCUGUCCAACCUUCCCUUCACCACCAUGUGUAUCAGAGAAAGCCUGAGACUCCACUCUCCUGUGCAGGCCGUAACAAGGACGUACACCCAGGACGUAGCGCUACCGGGGGAUUGCACAGUACCAGAGGGUGCAAUCUGUCUGGUCAGUAUUUAUGGGACGCAUCACAACCCUGAUGUCUGGACAAACCCACAUGAAUUCAAUCCUCUGCGUUUUGACCCGACCAAUGCAAAGAGCCCCUCCUCUCACGCCUUCAUCCCCUUCUCUUCUGGUCCAAGGAACUGCAUUGGACAGAAAUUCGCCCUGGCGGAGCUUCGCGUCGUCGUGGCGCUGACCCUGCUCAGGUUUCGCCUGACCCCGGGUGCGAACCCCGAACUGGGGGGAGGCUCUGGGGCAGUUCGCCGGCUUCCCCAACUCGUCCUGCGUGCAGAGGGGGGACUGUGGCUGCAGCUGGAGGCCCUGAACUCGGAGGACUGAACGAGGAAGAGCGACUGGAUGAAUGAUCUCACAGAAAGACAUUCAACAAGACAAACGCUCUGGCUUUGAACCAGCAUUUUAAACAUUUUAAUCCCUACAAAGUACACACAGCAUUUACUUCCAAAUGUAACAUUAGCAUAUAAAGACACAAAUAAUGUAAGCAACAUGUUUUUUUCAAAUUCUGUGUUCAUUUUACUGUAUAAAGUUAAUUUAAAUAGAUCCUGACAUUUCUCUUGCUCUUAAAAUCCCUUCUAAAGAAUGAAUAAACAGGCUUUUAUCCAGG